GCCAAAGCCAUAGAAAAUUCUCCUUCCCUUCAUCGCUCUUUCCUUCCCUCAAUCUUGAACAAAUAAGAAAUGCCAAGCUCGCUGUUUGUUUGUACUUCUCUCUCAUCCCCACACCACUCCCUCAAGCUCUUGUAAUCAUAUUCGUGGUUUCGGUUCAAUCGCAGCUGCUCUGCUUGAUGCCAAAGUGACAAUGAGAUGACAAACUGGUAAAAGGAUUGGAGAAACCGGAGCUCUGUUUACUAUUUACUACUCCAUCAUUGCACUUGAAUCUAGAUAAGGUUAUUAAGAGAGCUGUGGUAGAAAAAGGCCACCCAAGUAGAAAUGGAGGGAAACGGAAAAGACAAGGAAUAUGAUUUGGAUAAGAUCACCGAUACUCUAGCUCCAGAAGACUCUACUGUUGGUGGCCUGCUUGUUCCAGGGAAGGAUAGAGUGGUUUUUAGACCACUUAAAAAAUCAGUUUUAGGACUAGACAUGCUUGCCAAUGCAAAGCGAAUGGAGUCAAAGGCUGAUGGUUCAUUUAAAAAACCAAAAGAAAGAGUUGCUUCGAUUGCUUCAUCACUAGAUGAAGGUGAGGAUUUGCCUGCUUCUUCAGGAAUAACUGAUGUGGAGAAUGUCACGUCUAGUAGUCUACGGAGUUACAGCAAUAGGAAAUACCGUGAAUCAGCUUCAAACGAGACUUCUAAUUUAGGAAGUGUUGUUACUGGAGAAGCAAACGCAGUUGAAGCAUCCCCCCGGCAUCAUUCAGAUAGACAUAUGAAUGUGCGGACUGAAUCUGUUGAAAGUUCAAGGAGUAGGAGUCCUAGUUCUGAUUAUACCAGAAGUGAUAGAGAUCGAAGUAAAUAUGAUGAGCACUACAGAAGCUCUGACAGGGAAGCGAGGACCCCUAGAGAUAGAUAUGGCUCUGACCAGGAAGGGAGGACCCAUAGAGAUAGAUAUGGCUCUGGCCGGGAAGGGAGGACUCCUAGAGAUAGAUAUGGCUCUGACCGGGAAGGGAGGACCCCUAGCGAUAGAUAUGGCUAUGACAGGGAAGGGAUGACCCCAAGAGAGUCCUCUCGUGGUCAAGAAAAAGAACAUGAUGGGAGAAAAAGAGGUAGAUACGACAGGUCCAUGAGAACACCUGUCAGGUCUGACUGGGAUGAUGGAAGAUGGGAGUGGGAAGAAUCCCCGCGUCGUGAUGGUCACAAUUCUAGCAGCAGACAUUAUCGGCCUUCUCCAUCCCCCAUGCUUGUUGGGGCCUCACCUGAUGCUCGGCUUGUUUCUCCAUGGUUGGGAGGGCGUACUCCUAAUUCUUCAGCUGCAUCUCCUUGGGAUAGCUAUGCUCCUUCCCCUACUCCAAUUCGGGCAUCUGGGACAUCUCUUAGGUCUGCAAGCUCCCGAUAUGGUGGGAGAUCCAAUCAGGCUUACCCUAAGGAUGGCGAAAUUGAACCAGAAAGUACAUCUGAAGACCAGAAUCAUGAGAUAACAGAAAGUAUGCGUUUAGAGAUGGAAUACAACUCUGAUCGUGCAUGGUAUGAUCGAGAAGAAGGCGGCACUGUUUAUGACGCUGAUAGCUCCUCUGCUUUUCUCGGCGACGAUGCGUCUUUUCAGAAAAAAGAAGCAGAGUUGGCUAAGAGAUUGGUGAGAAGAGAUGGGACUAAGAUGACUCUUGCACAGAGCAAAAAACUUUCGCAGCUAACUGCUGAUAAUGCUCAGUGGGAGGAUAGACAACUUAUGAGAUCAGGUGCUGUCAGAGGAACUGAGGUGCAGACAGAGUUUGAUGAUGAGGAAGAACGAAAGGUUAUUCUUCUUGUGCAUGAUACAAAACCCCCUUUUCUCGAUGGGAGAAUUGUUUUCACAAAGCAAGCUGAGCCUGUUAUGCCAUUGAAAGACCCUACGUCCGAUAUGGCUAUAAUAUCACGGAAGGGCUCCAAUCUGGUCAGGGAAAUUCGUGAAAAACAAAGCAUGAAUAAGUCCAGACAACGGUUUUGGGAGCUUGCUGGUUCUAAUCUUGGCAAUAUUCUUGGUGUUGAGAAAACUGCCGAACAGGUUGACGCAGAUACUGCUGAAGUUGGCGAACAAGGUGAAAUUGAUUUCAAACAGGAUGCAAAAUUUGCACAACAUUUAAAAAAAGGAGAGGGAGUCAGUGAUUUCGCUAAGUCAAAAACGUUGGCGCAACAGCGACAAUAUUUGCCCAUCUUUUCUAUCCGAGAAGAGUUACUGCAGGUAAUCCGCGAAAACCAAGUGAUCGUAGUGGUUGGUGAAACUGGUUCAGGAAAGACAACACAACUAACACAGUAUCUUCACGAAGAUGGAUACACAAACAAUGGCAUUGUUGGUUGCACACAACCAAGGCGUGUGGCCGCCAUGAGUGUUGCAAAAAGAGUCAGUGAAGAGAUGGAAACUGAACUUGGUGAUAAAGUUGGAUAUGCCAUACGUUUUGAGGAUGUCACCGGGCCUAACACUGUUAUUAAGUACAUGACUGACGGUGUGUUGCUGAGGGAGACACUAAAAGAUUCAGACCUGGAAAAAUACCGCGUCAUUGUGAUGGAUGAAGCGCACGAGCGGUCUCUAAGCACUGAUGUACUUUUCGGUAUCCUCAAGAAAGUCGUGGCCAGGCGUCGUGAUUUCAAGCUUAUUGUGACUUCUGCUACUCUAAAUGCUCAAAAGUUUUCGGAUUUUUUUGGGAGCGUACCUAUAUUUCACAUUCCUGGGAGGACAUUUCCGGUUCAGACAUUGUACAGUAAGUCACCUUGUGAAGAUUACGUUGAAGGUGCAGUAAAACAGGCGAUGACGAUUCACAUCACGAGUGCUCCUGGCGACAUCCUAAUCUUCAUGACCGGGCAAGAUGAGAUUGAGGCGACAUGUUAUGCUCUUCAAGAACGUAUGGAACAACUCGCUUCCAAAAAGGAAGCUCCAAAGCUGCUAAUCCUUCCCAUAUACUCCCAGCUUCCUGCUGACUUGCAAGCAAAGAUUUUUGAGAAUGCUGAAGAUGGAGCUCGCAAGUGUAUUGUUGCUACAAAUAUUGCUGAGACGUCGUUGACUGUCGAUGGGAUCUUCUAUGUCAUUGACUCGGGUUAUGGUAAGAUAAAAGUCUAUAACCCCCGUAUGGGUAUGGAUGCUCUCCAAGUCUUUCCUGUUAGUCGCGCUGCUGCUGAUCAGCGUGCUGGACGGGCUGGAAGAACUGGGCCGGGGACUUGCUACCGUCUUUAUACAGAGAGCGCUUAUCUGAACGAAAUGCUACCAAGUCCAGUCCCAGAAAUCCAGAGAACCAACUUGGGAAAUGUGGUUUUGCUGCUCAAGAGUUUGAAAAUCGACAACCUUUUAGAUUUCGACUUCAUGGAUCCUCCUCCACAAGAAAACAUCCUCAACUCCAUGUACCAGCUGUGGGUGUUGGGUGCUCUCAACAACGUCGGAGAUCUGACAGAUAUAGGUUGGAAGAUGGUGGAGUUUCCGUUGGAUCCCCCCUUGGCCAAGAUGCUUCUAAUGGGAGAGCAGCUCCAGUGCAUCGACGAGGUUCUAACAAUCGUGUCAAUGCUUUCAGUGCCCUCUGUUUUCUUCCGACCCAAGGACCGCGUGGAAGAGAGCGACGCCGCAAGGGAAAAAUUCUUUGUCCCGGAAUCUGACCACCUCACGCUCCUAAAUGUGUACAAGCAAUGGAAGUCGAACAACUACCGGGGGGACUGGUGCAACGACCAUUUCCUGCACGUGAAAGGCUUGCGCAAGGCUAGAGAGGUAAGAUCCCAGCUCCUCGACAUUCUCAAGACACUCAAGAUCCCACUCACGUCGUGUGGGCUCGACUGGGAUGUAGUGAGAAUGGCCAUAUGCUCGGCGUACUUCCACAACUCGGCUCGCCUCAAGGGUGUCGGGGAGUAUGUCAACUGCAGAAACGGGAUGCCCUGUCACCUCCAUCCGAGCAGCGCCUUGUACGGCUUGGGGUACACUCCGGACUAUGUCGUCUACCAUGAGCUGGUCCUCACGGCUAAAGAAUACAUGCAGUGUGCCACAGCUGUUGAGCCGCAGUGGCUGGCUGAGCUCGGACCCAUGUUUUUCUCGGUGAAGGACUCGGAUACGUCGAUGAUCGAGCACAAGAAGAAGCAGAAGCAGGAGAAGAGUGCGAUGGAGGAGGAGAUGGAGAGUUUGAGGAAGGUACAAGAGGAUAAGGAGAGAGAGAGGAAAGAGGAAGAGAAGAAGAAGAGGCAGAAGGAGCAACAGCAAGUUUCCUUGCCUGGGUUGAAGAGAGGGGCUUCAACAUAUCUCAGGCCCAAAAGGCUUGGGCUGUAACUUCUUUUUCGAGAGUAUAUAUUAUACAUUUGAAUUUGUGGCCCAAUUUUAUAUAGAGAGCUAACGAUAUACUGUACUUAUAUGAAAUCAUAUUUGGAAUAGCAAUCUAAUUCAAUCUUUUACUCUCCAAGUA